CCAUCCAACUGGGAAUCAAGAACUGCCUAUUUAAAGUUAGAUGCAUUUGACAAGUUAAUGUAAAGGAAUUACAUAUUCAAAUUUGAAUUCUGAAAAAUAUGUGAAUUUCGGUAGAAGGAUGUUUAGACUCUACUGGCUCUAAAAAAUGCAAGAUGUCAACCUGUCUGGAGAUGCUCUUUCAAAGGUCAUUAUGGUGGGAGACUCCAAUGUAGGUAAAACUGCCAUAUUAAAGAGAUUAACUGAGGACAAUUUCCAUGCUUCAUUCAUACCCACAAUAGGGAUCGAUUUCAGAGUAAAAACUAUCAAGAUAAAUGAGAGCAACACAGUUAAGCUACAAAUAUGGGACACAGCUGGCCAAGAACGAUUCCAUGCUCUGACAACUCAUUAUUUUCGAGGAUCUAGUGGCCUCAUGCUUGUCUAUGAUAUUACAAAUUUUAAAACAUUCAGUAAUAUUGCCUAUUGGAUUAAAGACACUGAUGAGCAUGCAGGAAAUGAUGCUGGACGAAUAUUGAUUGGUAAUAAAUGUGACAUGCUAGCAACACGUCAGGUUUCAUGGGAAGAUGGAAAAAGGCUCGCUCAGGAACAUGGAAUGCAAUUCUUUGAGACCAGUGCAAAAGAAGACAUGAACAUUGAGAAAGCAUUUGUGGCCCUAGGAGAAGAAAUAAUAAGAAAGAAUCCUCGACUUUUGCCAAGUGCUGAUUCAAUUCAUAUUAAGAAAUCUUCAGUUCAUACCUGCUGUACUGGAAGAACCGUCAACUACAACUCACAUUGAAUUUUGUGUAAUGACCUGGCGAAGUUGGCAAUAUCUAUCAAAUUCACACUUCAAACUAUUUAUUUUCCUUGAAUAUAAUUGCACGAAGUUUAUUUAUUUUAGUUGAUAUUUGCUGAACAAAUUUUCAGCAUAGCUCCUGUUAAGACUGGUUACAAAGUGUGAUUUUUUUUAUUCAGCAAAUCACCUUAAUUUGGCCUGUUUAUAUUUUGCACAUGAAAAUCUACAGUCUGAUGUACAUUCCAUUUUCCACAGCAUGCUCAAUAAAGCCAUCCUUUAUUUAAUUGUUUUGUAAUUUUAAUGCUUUAAUCUAAAGACGUAGUCUGGACGUGAAACUUUGCUUUAAAACUAGCUCUGCAAUAAGAAACAUUUUAUUUUAAAAUUUUAACAAGUGGAGCUGUUGUUUAAGGUAAUCAUUUUCUUCUGUACAUUAUAUGAGAACUAAAUAUUCCUGGUUUCAGGCAUAAACAAACUAGACAUACAACUUGUAUAUGAAAAGAGCACACUCCUACACUUGCAUCAGUGUAAACUUUAGUGUUUCAUAAAUAGCUUUACUGAAUAUGAACACUGAUUUAUUGUCAGAUGAA